UUUCACUGUGACUUAUUAGUCAAAUCUCGAAUGCUUUAUUUAUUUACUAUAAACCUAACGUGUUACUAUAUUAGUCCGAGCUUAUAAGUUUAAAAAAAUCUGUAAAUCGCUGGUUCAUUAUUGUGUCGAGCCCAUCGUUAUCUGGCUGCUGCCGUCGUCGACCUUUAUGUAGCUGUUUCCAGUCUGAAAGUUCCAGAACCCAUAAUAUUGUUUGCAGCAGACAAUUUAACAAGUACAUUGAAAAUAUUGUACCUAUAUGCUGGUUCAGCACAUCAAAAUCUGAUCCUUUAAUUGCGCGAUCGGCAUGGGCAUAUCAAAUGGUCUUUUGCUGUUGUUUCACAAGUAGAGUACAAGUUAUGACCAUGUACCAACCAAUAACAGUUUUUACAGAGCCAAUUAAUUUGGUAGCAACUUCAAYAAAUCGUACUAAACCAAUAAACAGUAAGAAUACUAUACUAGAAGAAUUCAUAAUGAAUAUUCACAAUAUGUCACCAUUCAGAUUAAUUUUAUUUAUAUCCUCAAUUUUCUUUGGUUUUGCUGUCAUUUUUGGUGUUUUAUUUAUAGAACCAUGUGAAUGGUCGAAUUGUAUUUCUUCAAAAAAUAUGAAGUUAAUUUGGUCUGAUUCUAUUUUCUUUGAUAUAGAGUUAAAAGGCAAGCCGAGUAUGAUUGAGUUAAACCAGAAACUUAAAAAAUUGUUGUUUAUAGUUAGAGGAUCAAUUCUUAACAGUCCAAAUGUACCACCUCGAACAGAACGUUUACCAUCUAUUGGUGGUGGUCUUUUGCAAAUUGAUACAAUUACUGGUAAAGAAAUGUGGCGUAAACGAUUAGAUUCACUACCUGAUACUAUUGAUUGUACAUUACUAAAUAAUCAGUCCAAAGAAAAUGAAGAUGUAUAUUGUAUAGUAGGAGCUUCAAAUAAAAAUAUAUUAGCUGUUAUAUCCAGCAAUAAACAUAAAGGUGAACUUGUAUGGAAGAAAAUUCGAUCAGAGUUAAACACUACUAAAUUAAAUAACAAAAACGAUUUAGUGUACAUGGAGUUUCCUAUCAUUAUACCCGAUUGCAAUUCUGAUGGUGUUAAUGAAAUGGCCUUUGUGCACCAUGAAAAUAAUAUACCUACAUUAGAUAUAUUAUCUGGCAAAAGUGGAAACAAAUUAAUGAGGAGUAUUAGUAAUGAUAAUUGUACUAAGAUGACUGAUCUAAUUUUAAAAUAUGAUAUGUCUUUAGUUUAUUUUUGUCGUAAAAAUAAUGUUGUAGACACUCUAGAAACAAUUCCUAUUAAAACUAUGUUAAAUUGUUCUGGUGAUUGGAUACCAGAUUCUGUUCACCAAACCAAACAAGAACACGAUCAAAUUGAAGAAAAUCAAUAUUUUUUAAUGCUUGGGCCUUAUUAUCUUAAAAUCAAUAAUAGCCAUUACAAUUGUUCUACUGAUUGUAUGACAGUUUUGUAUGUGAUUAAUAGGACUAAAAAAAUUAUUUGGUCUAAACAAUUUGAUCGAUCUUAUGUAAUGAAGCCAGUAACUUUUGAAUUCCGCGACAAUAUAUCUGGAUUUGUUAUCAAAAUUUGGUCUUGGGAUACUCAAACAAUUGAGAAUAAAAUUAAGCUCACUAACAUCGAAAAAGUUGAGUACAUUCUAGAACAAGUUAUAGUAAUUACAUAUAAUUCAUCCAGACCUGAAGAUUUCCACAUUAAGAACAUAAGUUCAAACAAAAUUUUACAAGUUUGUGAAAAUGUAUCAAACUGUCAGCCUAGACUAGAAUAUCAAAAAUAUUCAUUGAAUGUGAUGGAUGUAGACGAAGAUGGUUACAGAGAAUUAGUUUCUGUAUCAGUAACAUAUGAAUUUAUCAAUACACUUGGCCAGUUCUACAUGAACGAUAAACACUCACUGCAGCUCUUAUCAAAAGUUAAUGUUUACCAAUUAGAAAGUCAACUUAUUAGAUAUUUUGAAAAUUAAAUGUUUGUUUGUUUUGAUUUAUUGUAAGAAUAUAAUUUGUCCACUAAAAUAUAUGUUCCUUAGUUUUCAUAACAUAAAUAAAUGAGUUUGAGGUGUA